GUGAUGACGUCAUGUUAUAUUUUGAGGCUGUGCUAUAUAACUCAGUGGCAUAAUAGAGGAGGCAGAAAAAGGAUUGUUGUCCCACUAAACACAGGUUCCUCUUCAUCAUGGCUUUGAGAAACGCUCUGUGCCGUCUCCUGGUCUCUCCUCACAGAUGUGCCGUCCUCUCAGCUUCCAGAUCACAGGGAACUGCAGCACAGGCCAACUGGGAAGCAGAGAAGACUGAGAAGAAGCCUAAAGCGCCGAAGGUCCAGUUUGACUGGCGCGAUGCUCUGAACCUGGAGGGCCAGCUGACGGAGGAUGAGAUCAUGAUCAGAGACUCCUUCAGGACCUACUGCCAGGAGAAACUCAUGCCUCGCAUCCUGAUGGCAAACAGAAACGAAGUGUUCCACAGAGAUAUCGUGUCAGAGAUGGGAGAGAUGGGCGUGCUGGGCCCAACCAUACAAGGUUUUGGAUGUGCCGGUGUGAGUUAUGUCGCGUACGGUUUGAUCGCCAGAGAGGUGGAGCGAGUGGACAGCGGAUAUCGCUCCGUCAUGAGCGUGCAGUCGUCCCUCGUCAUGCAUCCCAUCAACGCCUACGGCACAGAGGAGCAGAAGCAGAAGUACCUCCCCAGGCUGGCUCGGGGGGAGAUCCUGGGAUGUUUUGGUCUGACGGAGCCGAACCACGGUAGUGACCCGAGCGGCAUGGAGACCAGAGCCAAGUACAACCCGUCCAGCGGCACCUACAGUGUGACCGGCUCCAAGACCUGGAUCACCAACUCCCCGGUGGCAGACAUCGCGGUGGUCUGGGCUAAAUGUGACGACGGGAAGGUGCGCGGCUUCAUCCUGGAGCGCGGCAUGAAGGGUUUCUCCACUCCUAAGAUCGAGGGGAAGUUCUCCCUCAGAGCCUCGGCCACCGGCAUGAUCGUGAUGGACGAGGUGGAGGUUCCUGAGGAGAACCUGCUGCCACACGUCUCCGGACUCGCUGGUCCGUUCGGCUGCUUGAACAACGCUCGGUACGGGAUCGCGUGGGGUGCUCUCGGUGCUGCAGAGUUCUGUUUCCAUGCAGCUCGACAAUACACACUCGACAGAAUCCAGUUUGGCGUUCCGCUGGCGAGGAAUCAGCUGAUGCAGAAGAAAAUGGCCGACAUGCUGACGGAGAUCACCAUCGGCCUGCAGGCCUGUCUGCAGCUGGGCAGACUCAUCGACGCUAAAAAAGCGGCCCCGGACAUGAUCUCCAUGCUGAAGAGGAACAGCUGCGGGAAAUCUCUGGACAUCGCCCGGCAGGCCCGAGACAUGCUGGGAGGAAACGGCAUCUCAGACGAGUAUCACAUCAUCCGCCACGUCAUGAACCUGGAGGCUGUCAACACGUACGAAGGAACUCAUGAUAUCCACGCUCUGAUCCUGGGCCGAGCCAUCACCGGCCUGCAGUCGUUCACCGUCAACAAAUAGACCGUCCAACAGGAAGCUGCCGUCCUUCAAAACUCACAUUUUGCAUGUAGCAGUUUGGGGAUUAUUUUCAUGAAUUCUCUGUAAAGUGAAAUAUCUUUCAAUCAGAUUUAAAGGAAAUGUAUUUGAGUGCUUUAUUUUCAAAGUGUGACCUAUUGUAAUUUAGAAAGAGUUUAAAAAGGGCUAUUUUUACUACUCACAAUUACACUUUAACUGAGGCUUUUCUCAGCUCCCUAUUCCCUGUAGAGACUUGCAUGGACUCUACUGGUAAAGAAAUUAGGAUUUUUUUUUUUAAUGGAGUGGUGCAGGAAUGAGUCCUAAAACCUGGAAAUGAGUCAGUGUUUUUGUACUUUUAGGUCCCCUCGUCUCAAAGUUUUUGGGUAAAAAGUCAGAAUUAUCGAAAAAAAUGCUGCACCACUCUGAGGUCAACAUCUAGAUGCUGCUGUCACUAAUGUUUGCAACGUUGACACUGUAAUUUUAAAACAACAAAGCAUUAGUUCCCAGUGUUUGUCGUUUGUGUGUUUGUAGUUGCAUGUCAAGGUGUAUUGUUUUCUGAUUUGAUCAAUUAUGCAGACUGUUGUGUGAUUGGUUAAAGAAGGGAUCCAGUGAGGGGACGACUGUGAGUCACUGUGAUGUAACCGUGCCAGAGGAGGAGGAUGUGGAUGAGAGCUUUAAUAAAUAAAGGUUAUUUAAGUAUCA